UGCCGCCCAUUGCUGACCAGUAAUGCCCGAGCCGUCCAGAGCUGCCCGGCCAUUCCAAUUUUGCCCAGUACUACCCGGUCUUGACCGCUUUUACCCGAUGAUCAGUGCUGCCCAGUGCUGCCCAGUGCCAAGAGGGGCUGCCCGGUACCGCUCACAGCCGCCCAGUGCAGCCCAGUGCAGCCCAGUGCAGCCCAUGCACCCGGAAGGUCUCCCAGAGUGGCAGCAGCCCCCAGCUCUCUCCUGCCCAGCGCCGCGCCGGCUGCAGCCGGAGCACCCCCAGCACUCCGCUAGCACUCCUUGCCCCGCUGCCCUCACCCCAGCUGCAGUGCUGGCCCGCUGCCCGUCACCCCCCCGCCAUCCCCCCGAUAAGCUGCCCAGCCCGUCCCAGGGUCAAGGGGAUGCCUCCGAGUGGGUAUAAAGGCCCUGGAGCCACACAGUCCCACAGCUGUCCCACCAUGCCGCCUCUUGCUGUCCUGCUGCUUGCCCUGGCCCUGCUCUGCGCCUGGAGGCUGUCCUGCAGUCAGUGUCCCACGGGGACGGGGACGGGGCGGCUGCGGAGCCUUCCGGCCCUGCCGCUGGUGGGGAGCUUGCUGCAGCUGGCCGGGCACCCGCAGCUCCACCUGCGGCUCUGGCGCCUGCAGGGCCGCUACGGCAGCCUCUACGGGCUCUGGAUGGGCUCCCACUACGUGGUGGUGGUCAACAGCUACAGGCACGCCCGGGAGGUGCUGCUGAAGAAGGGGAAGGCUUUCGCCGGACGGCCUCGCACCGUGACCACGGACCUACUGUCCCGUGGGGGCAAGGACAUCGCCUUUGCCAGCUACGGUCCCCUCUGGAAGUUCCAGCGCAAGCUGGUGCAUGCUGCCCUCUCCAUGUUUGGGGAGGGCUCAGUCGCCCUCGAGAAGAUCAUCUGCCGGGAGGCUGCGUCCCUGUGUGAGACCCUCGGUGCUGCACAGGAUGUGGCCCUGGACAUGGCCCCAGAGCUCACACGGGCUGUCACCAACGUGGUCUGCUCCCUCUGCUUCAAUUCCUCCUACCGGCGUGGGGACCCCGAAUUCGAGGCCAUGCUGGAGUACAGCCAGGGCAUUGUGGACACCGUGGCCAAGGAGAGCCUGGUGGACAUCUUCCCCUGGCUGCAGAUCUUCCCCAACAGGGACUUGGCCCUGCUGAAGCGAUGCCUCAAGGUCAGGGACCAGCUGCUCCAGCAGAAAUUCACUGAACACAAGGAAGCAUUCUGUGGGGACACUGUGAGGGACCUGAUGGAUGCCCUCCUGCAAGUGAGGCUCAAUGCUGAGAACAACAGCCCUCCUGAGCCAGGUCUGGAGCUGACAGACGACCACCUCCUCAUGACGGUGGGGGACAUCUUUGGGGCUGGCGUGGAGACCACCACCACUGUGCUCAAAUGGGCUGUGCUCUACCUGCUCCACUACCCUGAGAGUGUGCUGGAGGUGUCCCUUGCACAGAGCAUACCCCUCCCAGGCUCCCUCCUGUUGCAGGUCCAGAAGAAGAUCCAGGAGGAGAUGGACCAGAAGAUUGGCCUGGCACGUCACCCCCACCUUAGUGACCGCCCACUGCUGCCCUACCUGGAGGCUACCAUCAGUGAGGUGCUGCGCAUCCGGCCCGUGUCCCCCCUGCUCAUCCCACACGUGUCCCUUGCCGACACCAGCAUCGGUGAGUAUUCCAUCCCCAAGGGCGCCAGAGUGGUCAUCAACCUCUGGUCUGUGCACCACGAUGAGAAGGAGUGGGAUAAACCUGAAGAGUUCAACCCUGGCCGCUUUCUGGAUGAGCAGGGCCAGCACAUCCACUCACCCUCUCCCAGCUACCUGCCCUUUGGGGCCGGCAUCCGCGUGUGCUUGGGUGAAGUCCUGGCCAAGAUGGAGCUCUUCCUCUUCCUGGCCUGGGUGCUGCAGAGGUUCACGCUCGAGUGUCCGCAGGAUCAGCCCCUGCCCUCACUGGAGGGCAAGUUCGGUGUCGUGCUGCAGGUGCAGAAGUUUCGGGUGAAAGCCAGGCUGCGGGAGGUCUGGAGGGGUGAGAUGGUGGGGUGAGAUGGGGUAGUUGGAUAGCAGAAUGGAGUGGGUGGAUGCCAUAGAGACUGUGCUCUGACUGUCUCGUGGAUGUGAGAUUGUCUGAAUAAAGCUGUCCCCCACCCA